AUGGGCCGGAGCCCCGCGGCGAGCCCCGCGGCGAGCCCCGCCCCGGCCCCGCGCGCCCUCGCCCCCGCGCCGCCCGGCCCGGAGCGGCGCACGAAGGUCGCCGUCGCGUGCGGCGCCUUCGCGCUGCUCUGGCUGCGGUUCCACGCGGCGGCCAUCGAGGCCGCGCUCAAGCACCUGGUCUGGUACUGCCUGUCCCACGGCCUGCUCCUGCUGCUCCUCGGCGCCGGCGCCGUCUGGCUCUGCUGGGACCGCGUCGAGGCGAAGCUGGGUCUGAAGAUGGCCGCGGAGCUGAGCCGCGAGCUCGGCGGCGCGCGCGUGACCGUCGGCCGCCUCGAGUGGCGCUGGAAUCGCUUGAGCGUCUUCGACCUCGAGGUGGGCAACGGCGAGGUGCCGGGCGUGGCCUGGAAGGCGCCCUACUUCAUGCGCGCGGCGGAGAUCUGCGCGGAGAUGACGAUGACGACCGAGGACCUCCACGGCAUGCUCUCCGUCUUCGGCCCCAUCAAGCUGCGGGACGGCGCCUUCGCCAUCGGCUACACGGAGCGGAGCGUGGCCACCAUGCUCUUGCGCGAGUCGCGCGCCUUCGUCGAGGAGCAGCACGUCGACGGCAAGCCCGUGUCGAACACGGACAUGUUCCGCCACACGUCGCGCGCGACGCUCGCCGCGGAGAAGGCCGCGGCGGCGCGGCGCCUCGCGCGCGAGGCCGCGUGGCGCGCGCGCUGGGCCGACGCCAAGCCCGCGGACGUCGAGCUCGAGCUCUGCGACGGCGACGCGGCGCUCGACGACGAGCCGGGCCACGCGACGCGCGUCCGCGGCGCGCGGCGCGCGCUCGCGUCCGCGCGGGCCCUCGGCGAGCCCGCGCGGCGCGCCAAGCUCCUCGGCGACUACGCGAAGAAGCUCCGCGACGACGUCGCGUCGACGGCGAAGCUCCUCUACCGCGCGCACCGCGACGGCGCGCCCGGCGACGCGUACCGCGUGGGCCGCAUCACCGUCGAGGACCUGGCCCUCGACAUGGACGGCCACGGCAUGCGCCUCAAGGCGCCCUUCGUCGUCCGGGCCUUCGUGGGCAGCCGGCUCCACCUCGAGACGAAGCUCUGCACGUCGCUCCUCGGCGAGCUCCUCAACGACUCCAUCUCCCAGGUCAAGGACCGCGCCGCGUCCAUCCGCCUCCACGUGAAGAGCCAGGAGCGCGCCGUGCUCGACCGCGUCCAGGGCCAGCGCCGGUCGACCAUGUCCCUCUGCGGCUGCGGCGGCGCCGGGGCCGUCGAGGACGCGGUGACCUUCAUCGACGGCCCGGAAUCUUCUUUCCGCGGCAACUAUCGAGAUGGCAGCCCGGUCCGGGCUGAGAUCAUCGCGUUGAGGCGCGGUGGUCGCGUGCGAUCCAUGGCGCUCCUGCUGGCGCUGGCGCUGCUCGUCGCGGGCUGCGGCGCGGACCCGAGCCCGACGAUGUGGCCGACGCCGUACUGGCCCCAAUGGGACGACUACUGGGACUACUGGGACGCGGGAUACGACCACGGCUGGGACUGCAGCGCCGCGUCGUACCCUUCCUACGUCAGCGACGGCUACUGCGACCCGAGCAACAACGUGGACCCGUGCUACGACGGCGGAGACUGCUGCGAGAGCACGUGCGUCAGCACCAGUAGCUACGACUGCGGCGUCAAUGGCUACGACUGCCAGGAUCCGUACGAAUCGGACGCGACGACGCCGCUGCCGACGCACGUGUCCCACUCGACGCUGGUCGCGUACUACUCCUUCGACGACGGGACGGCCGCGGACGACUACGGGAGCCUCGACGGGACAAUCACCGGCGCGACGGCGACGACGGGCCACGAUGGGAGCGGCGCGCUCGCCUUCGACGGCGCCGACGACGCCGUCGAGCUCCCGCCGGCCGCGACGGCGGACGUCCUCGGGAGCGCCGCUCGCACCGUGUGCCUCUGGGCGCGCCUCGACGCCUUCGCCGGCUUCCUCCUCAGCUAUGUCCGGUACCGCUAG